CGAAGCCCACACUUCGGAGUGGUGUCAGAGAACAUGAGCUCAGGGAGGCUUUGAUCUCACUGCCCCAUGGGCUUAGGCCAUUAGGGGGUUCCAUUCAGAGCCGAUACAUCAGCAUGAGCGUGUGGACAGACCCACGGAGACUUGUGGAGCUGGCAGGGCAGAGCCUGCUGAAGGAUGAGGCCCUGGCCAUCGCCGCCCUGGAGUUGCUGCCCAGGGAGCUCUUCCCGCCACUCUUCAUGGCAGCCUUUGACGGGAGACACAGCCAGACCCUGAAGGCAAUGGUGCAGACCUGGCCCUUCACCUGCCUCCCUCUGGGAGUGUUGAUGAAGGGACAACAGCUUCACCUGGAGACCUUCAAAGCUGUGCUUGAUGGACUUGAUGUGCUCCUUGCCCAGGAGGUUCGCCCCAGGAGGGGGAAACUUCAAGUGCUGGAUUUACGGAAGAACUCUCAUCAGGACUUCUGGACUGUAUGGUCUGGAAACAGGGCCAGUCUGUACUCAUUUCCAGAGCCAGAAGCAGCUCAGCUCAUGACAAAGAAGCGAAAAGUAGAUGGUUUGAGCACAGAGGCAGAGCAGCCCUUCAUUCCAAUAGAGGUGCUCGUAGACCUGUCCCUCAAGGAAGGUGCCUGUGAUGAACUGUUCUCCUACCUCAUUGAGAAAGUGAAGCGAAAGAAAAAUGUACUACAUCUGUGCUGUAAGAAGCUGAAGAUUUUUGCAAUGCCCUUGCAGAAUAUCAAGAUGAUCCUGAAAAUGGUGCAGCUGGACUCUAUUGAAGAUUUGGAAGUGACUUGUACCUGGAAGCUACCCACCUUGGCAAAAUUUUCUCAUUACCUGGGCCAGAUGAUUAAUCUGCGUAGACUCAUCCUCUCCCACAUCCAUGUGUCUUCCUACAUUUCCCCGGAGAAGGAAGAGCAGUAUAUCGCCCAGUUCACCUCUCAGUUCCUCAGCCUGCAGUGCCUGCAGGCUCUCUAUGUGGACUCUUUAUUUUUCCUUAGAGGCCGCCUGGAUCAGUUGCUCAGGCACGUGAUGAACCCCUUGGAAACCCUCUCAAUAACAAACUGCCGGCUUUUGGAAGGGGAUGUGAUGCAUCUGUCCCAGAGCCCCAGCGUCAGUCAGCUAAGUGUCCUGAGUCUAAGUGGGGUCACACUGACCGAUAUAAGUCCCGAGCCCCUCCAAGCUCUGCUGGAGAGAGCCUCUGCCACCCUCCAGGACCUGGACUUUGAUGAGUGUGGGAUCAUAGAUGAUCAGCUCCUUGUCCUCCUGCCUUCCCUGAGCCACUGCUCCCAGCUUACGACCUUAAGCUUCUGCGGGAAUCCCAUCUCCCUAUCUGCCCUGCAGAGUCUCCUGCAGCACCUCAUCGGGCUGAGCAAUCUGACCCACGUGCUGUAUCCUGUACCCCUGGAGAGUUACGAGGAUGUCCAUGGUACCCUCCACCUGGGGAGACUUGCCUAUCUGCAUGCCAGGCUCAGGGAGUUGCUGUGCGAGUUGGGGCGGCCCAGCAUGGUCUGGCUUAGUGCCAACCCCUGUCCUCACUGUGGGGACAGAACCUUGUAUGACCCAGAGCCCAUCCUGUGCCCCUGUUUCAUGCCUAACUAGCUGGGUGCACAUAUCAAAUGCUUCAUUCUGCAUACUUGGACACUGAAGCCAGGAUGUGCAUGCAUCUUGAAGCAACAAAGCAGCCACAGUUUCAGACAAAUGUUCAGUGUGAGUGAGGAAAA